CCGUUUGUUGAUGCCUCUCGCGGUAUGUCCGACAGCGUGUCUGACUCGUUCUCUUCAGUGAGGACUCGACGUUUGCGCACUGCUCCGUGUGUCAGCUGUAUCGCAAUUUUAUAAAGUUAGAGCUCUCCCUGUGUUUUUUUUCUUUCCUGCAACCUGCUUUGGCACCGGAUGUAUUGCUCCGUUUGAGUCCCGCGUAUGCUAAAAUGUUUUGCGGGAGAUUUUUUUGCUUCCUUUUUUUCCCCGCAGCUUGUCCGCAUACUGUAGAGCCUUAUUAAGACCAGGAAGGCAAAGAAAAGUAAAUACACGUGCUAAACCCUUUUGUUGGGCGGCAAGAAAAAAAAAGUUGCACAUCGAAGACGGAGGAUUAUGCGCUGAACGCUUCUGGAAAACAGGUUACUGAAGUGCAGAUAAACUGUUGUGAGGCCAACUUGGAGUCGUACACUUGCCUCCAACGCCCUGACACACGCCAUCAUGGAUCUAAAGGACCGAAGGCAGCACUCCCUGACCUGCUCCAAGGACUCCCCUUAUAACACCUCAUCCCUGGAUGCAGAUGAGUGCCGCGUGCCAACCCAGAAGUCGUACAGCUCCAGCGAGACACUCAAGGCUUUCGAGCAUGAGCAGAGGCUGCACUACAGCGGUUGCGUGACCGACCUUGUUCACCACGAGGCUGAUGAGUACCCAAGACAAGGAGGGAACUUUACCCUGGCUGAACUGGGAGUGUGCGAUCAAACACCUGCUCCUCAUCCCGCUGCUGUCCCCUACUGUCCUGAACUGGGCCUCCUCCAAAGGGGUUAUUCCCUCAGCGCUGGCUCCGAUGCAGACUCUGACCCGGAUGGCCCCCUGUCACCGGACAGAGCCAUCCAGCUUUGGGCUGGAGGAGGAAGGGUGAAGUCCCGUCGCAGCUCCGGUGUGUCCAGCCACGAGAACUCUGCUCUGACCCUCACCGACUCUGAGAAUGACAACAAGUCGGACGACGAAUCUGGUCGCCCAAUGCCUCCAACCUCUUCCUCUUCCCUGCUCCCUCCUUCCCAUCCGUCCUCCUCGUCCGCCCCACACCAUCCCUCCCCUGGCCCGUCUCCGCCCAUCAGGGAGUGUCAGGUUCCCCUUCUGGAGAAAAACUCCACCCAUUCUCACCUGGAGCCCCACCCAGAUGAUUCAUACUUGCUCCGGGCCCAGCCGUCCUCCACCGGGGUGGCCAACCACCACACCCAGUCCAAACUUCGGCCUCCGCUGCCCCCUCCACACAACCAUCACACCUUGUCACACCAGUCUGCAAACAGCCUAAACAGAAAUACCCUGAGAGGUGGCCGCAACCCCAUUCACGCCCCAGCCCCAGGAACCGGAGACGGACCUACCACUCCCGAGUCUGUGCAGCUCCAAGACAGCUGGGUACUCAACAGCAAUGUUCCACUCGAAACCAGGCACUUCUUAUUCAAGACAUCGUCAGGGACCACCCCGUUGUUCAGUAGCUCCUCUCCUGGCUACCCUCUUACUUCUGGAACGGUGUAUUCUCCACCCCCUCGUUUGCUACCCAGAAACACGUUUUCCCGCUCAGCCUUCAAGCUCAAGAAGCCGUCCAAGUACUGCAGCUGGAAAUGUGCAGCGGUGACGGCCAUCGCUGCAGCUGCUUUGCUGGCCAUCCUGUUGUCCUACUUUAUUGCAAUCAACCUACUGGGUUUGACGUGGCAGCUGAAGCCGUCCGACGGCCCGGUGUUAAACAACGGACUGGGGGCCGCUGUGCCUGUGAACAGUGAUGUGGCCACGCUGCCUUCUGGAGGCAGAGUUUCUUUCCCCCUCGCCCCAGGUCCGUGGACGGGACGGAACAGCAGUAUCGACACGGGCAACAUUGAUGUCGGGAGGAGAGUGACUCAAGAAGUCCCGCCUGGUGUAUUUUGGAGGUCCUUGUUGUACCUCAGUCAAGCGCAGUUCCUCAAGUUCAACAUAUCCUUGGGCAAGGAUGCCCUGUUCGGAGUCUAUAUUCGUAAGGGCCUGCCCCCUUCACAUGCACAGUAUGAUUACAUGGAGCGCUUGGAUGGGAAGGAGAAAUGGAGUGUGGUGGAAUCUCCAAGAGAGAGGAGGAGCAUCCAGACCGUGGUUCUUAAUGAGGCAGUGUUUGUCCAGUACCUGGAUGCCGGAGCCUGGCAUCUGGCCUUUUACAAUGAUGGUCGUGAGAGAGAGACAGUUUCCUUCAGUACAAACAUAAUGGAUUCUGUGCAAGAGUGCCCGCGCAAUUGCCAUGGGAACGGAGAGUGCAAUUCUGGCGUAUGCCAUUGCUUCCCAGGAUUCCACGGCAUGGACUGCUCCAAAGCGGCAUGCCCGGUGCUGUGCAGUGGAAACGGCCAGUACGACAAAGGCUCCUGUGCAUGUUACAGUGGAUGGAAAGGACCUGAGUGUGAUGUCCCUGUCACGCAAUGCCUUGACCCGCUUUGCAGCGGCCACGGCAGCUGCACCAAUGGUAACUGUGUGUGCUCCAUCGGCUACAAAGGCCAGAGCUGUGCUGAAGUGGAUUGCCUGGACCCGACGUGUUCCAACAAUGGCAUCUGUGUGAAUGGUGAGUGCCACUGUAAGCCAGGCUGGGGGGGGCUCCACUGUGAGCUGCCUCGUGCCCAGUGUCCGGACCAGUGCCACGGCCAUGGUGCCUUCAUUCCAGACACUGGGCUCUGCAGCUGUGACCCAAACUGGAUGGGACCUGACUGCUCUAUGGAGGUGUGUUCCGUAGACUGUGGAACACACGGAGUGUGCAUGGGUGGAGCUUGCCGCUGUGAGGACGGCUGGACGGGCGCAGGCUGUGAUCAGCGUGUGUGCAACCCGCUUUGCAUCAAACAUGGAACCUGCAAGGAUGGCAAGUGUCAGUGUCACCAGGGCUGGAAUGGAGAGCACUGCACUAUCGACCAUGGGAGCAUGGUUGACAAAGCAGAUGGCUGUCCUAACCUAUGUAAUGGGAAUGGGCAAUGCACCAUGGGACAGCAGAGUUGGCAUUGUGAAUGUCAGACUGGCUGGAGGGGCCCUGGUUGCAGUGUUGCCAUGGAGACAUCUUGCGCCGACAACAAGGACAACGAAGGAGAUGGACUAACUGACUGCAUGGACCCAGAUUGCUGUAUCCAGAGUCCCUGUCAAAACAGUCCCCUGUGCCGUGGCUCCCGGGACCCUCUGCAAGUCAUUCAACAGAUCCCUUUGUCCCAGACCCGUGUCCAUUCCUUCUACGAUCGCGUCAAGAUGCUUGUGUCACGGGAUGGCACCCAUGUCAUUCCAGGAGAAAACCCAUUCAAUUCCAGUUUGGCAUCUCUUAUCCGGGGUCAGGUGCUGACGACAGAUGGAACGCCUCUGGUGGGGGUGAACGUGUCUUUUGUCAACUACCCCCACUAUGGAUACACGCUGACGCGACAGGAUGGAAUGUUUGACCUGAUAGCUAACGGUGGCGCAUCACUGACUCUGCGAUUCGAACGCGCCCCCUUCCUGAGCCAGGAGCGUACCGUGUGGCUGCCCUGGAGCCAGUUUUAUGCUAUGGACACUGUGGUGCUUAAGACAGAGGAGAACACAAUCCCUGGCUGUGACCUGAGUGGCUUCAUCAGGCCUGAUCCUCUUGUGAUUGCAUCCCCUCUCUCCUCCUUCUUCAGCUCCAAGCCAGGGGAGAAACCCAUCAUACCGGAGACACAGGUGCUGCAUGAGCAGAUCGAGGUGCCCGGCACGAGUCUAAAGCUGUGCUACCUAAGUUCAAGGACGCAGGGUUACCGCUCCCUGCUCAAGGUGACCAUGACCCCCUCCACGCUGUCCAUGGGUCUGCUCAAAGUCCAUCUCAUGGUGGCGGUGGAGGGCCACCUCUUUCAGAAGUGGUUCCACGCCUCGCCUAAUUUAGCCUACACUUACAUCUGGGAUAAGACCGAUGCCUAUGGGCAGAGGGUCUACGGGCUUUCCGAGGCUGUCGUGUCUGUGGGCUACGAGUACGAGUCAUGCGCCAGUCUCAUUCUGUGGGAGAAAAGGACUGUCAUCCUGCAAGGUUAUGAACUGGAUCCCACCAAUCUUGGUGGCUGGUCACUGGACAAGCACCAUAUACUCAACACACGAAGCAGCAUUCUUCACAAGGGAAGCGGAGAAAACAUCUUUGUGACUGAGCAGCCUCCAGUCAUCAGCAGCAUUAUGGGUAACGGCCGCAGACGAAGCAUCUCCUGCCCCAGUUGUAACGGCCUUGCGGAUGGCAACAAACUGCUCGCACCGGUUGCCUUGGCGAUGGGCACCGAUGGCAGCCUCUACGUAGGGGAUCUCAAUUUUGUACGCAGGAUUUUCCCGUCCAUGAACACCACCGGCAUCCUAGAAUUAAGGAACAAAGAUUUUAGACACAGUAAUAAUCCAACCAAUAAGUACUUCCUGGCAGUUGAUCCAUUAUCUGGGGCAUUGUUCAUCUCAGACACCAACUCCCGACGAAUUUACCGUGUUCGCUCAUUAACCGGCGGUCGCCUGCUGUCUGACAAUGCAGAGGUUGUGGCUGGGACUGGAGAACAGUGCCUGCCCUUUGAUGAACGCUGCGGAGAUGGCGGCAAAGCCACUGAAGCUACACUUAUGAGCCCAAAAGGCAUCGCCGUGGAUAAAAAUGGACUCAUGUACUUUGUGGAUGCCACUAUGAUCCGUAAGGUGGACCAAAACGGCAUCAUCUCCACUUUACUGGGAGCCAACGAUUUGACUGCCGUGCGACCACUGAGCUGUGACACCAGCAUGGACGUGAGCCAGGUACGCCUGGAGUGGCCCACAGACUUAGCGGUGAACCCUAUGGACAACUCUCUCUAUGUCCUGGAGAACAACGUCAUUCUGCGCAUUACAGAGAACCACCAGGUGAGCAUCAUAGCAGGUCGGCCCAUGCAUUGCCAGGUGCCAGGGAUUGACUAUAGCCUCAGCAAACUGGCAAUCCACGCUGCUCUUGAGAGCGCCACGGCCAUUGCCCUGUCUCACACCGGCACUCUCUACAUCGCUGAGACAGACGAGAAAAAGAUAAACCGAGUUCGACAGGUAAGCUCUAAUGGAGAAAUCUCCCUUCUGGCUGGGGCUGCCUCUGAUUGCGACUGCAAGAACGACGUCAAUUGCAACUGCUUCUAUGGCGACGAUGGCUAUGCCCCAGAUGCCGGCUUGAACUCUCCUACCUCCUUGGCUGUGUCCCCUGACGGGACACUCUUCAUUGCAGACCUCAACAACAUACGCAUAAGAGCCGUUCGAGCCAAUCGGCCCGGCCCGGCCCUCUCUAGCCCAGCUUUUGGAGGAUCUGGUGGGGCGCGGUAUGAGGUGGCAUCACCCAGGGAACAAGAACUGUAUGUAUUCAAUAGGGAAGGCCUGCACGUCCAAACCAUCAGUCUUGUGACUGGAGAGCCGCUCUAUAACUUCACCUAUGGCCCUGAUGGUGAACUGGCAAGUCUGGUCGACAACUGCAACAACACAGUCAAAGUAAGGAGGGAAGGACUGGGCCAGGGAGGAGGCUCCGGCCUGCUUCGACUGGUGCUCCUGCCAGAGAAUCAAGUGGUGACCUUGGGUCUGGACCCAAGCGGAGGACUGCGCAGUGUUUCAGCUGUGGGUCAAGAGGUGGCUCUCAUGGGUUACAGCGGCAACACAGGCCUGCUCGCCACCAAAGCCGAUGAGACCGGAUGGACCACCUUCUACCAGUACGACAGCGAGGGUCGCCUGACCAAUGUGACCUACCCCACAGGCAUGGUUACGAGUCUCCAUCGCGAGAUUGAACGCUCCAUCACCAUCGAUAUCGAGAGCUCCAGCAGAGAUGACGACGUUACUGUCGUCACCAACCUCUCCUCUGUAGAAGCCUCAUACACUGUGGUUCAAGACCAAGUCAGGAACAACUACCAGAUGUGCAACAAUGGGACCCUGAGAGUGAUGUACGCCAAUGGGAUGGGCAUAAGUUUUCACACGGAGCCCCACAUCCUGGCAGGAUAUGUCAGCCCUACCAUCGGCCGCAGGAAUAUAACACUUCCCACAGACAAUGGCCUGAACUCCAUUGAAUGGCGUCUGCGUAAGGAGCAGACCAAAGGAAAAAUUACAGUGUUUGGCAGGAAGCUAAGAGCACACGGUCGCAACCUCCUCUCUAUUGACUUUGACCGUAACACACGCACAGAGAAGAUUUACGACGAUCAUCGCAAGUUUACCCUACGCAUCAUGUACGACGCUCAGGGCCGGCCAGCUAUGUGGUUGCCUAGCAGCAGCCUGGCGGUGGUCAAUGUGUCCUAUUCAUCCACUGGUCAGCUCGUUGGCCUGCAGAGGGGGAGCAUGAGCGAGAGGACUGAGUUUGAUCCCCAUGGACGCAUCCUGUCUCGCUCGUUUGUGGACGGGAAGGUUUGGAGUUACAGUUACCUUGAUAAAUCCAUGGUGCUGUUGCUGCAGAGCCAAAAGCAGUACAUCUUUGAGUUUGAUACCUCAAAUCGGGUCACGGCAGUCACCAUGCCGAGCGUCGCCCGCCACACCAUGUUCACACACGUGUCCAUCGGGUACAUCCGCAACACUUACAACCCACCAGAGAGCAACGCCUCCAUCAUCCACGACUUCUGUGAAGACGGCAGGCCUCAGGCCAUACAUUACCUGGGCACCGGCCGCCGCGUCCUCUACAAGUACGGCAAGCUGGCCAAGUUGUCCGAGAUUGUGUAUGACAGCACCGCUGUUACGUUUGGCUACGAUGAGACAGCGGGCGUGCUGAAGAUGGUCAAUCUACAGAGCGGUGGAUUCUCUUGCACCAUUCGCUAUCGGAAAAUGGGCCCGCUCAUCGACAAGCAAAUCUAUCGCUUCAGUGAGGAGGGCAUGGUCAACGCAAGGUUCGACUACACUUACCACGACAACAGCUUCCGGAUUGCAAGCAUGAAGCCAGUCAUCAGUGAAACACCUCUACCUGUGGACCUCUACAGAUAUGAUGAAAUCUCUGGCAAGGUGGAGCACUUUGGAAAAUUUGGGGUCAUUUACUACGACAUUAAUCAGAUUAUCACCACAGCUGUGAUGACGCUGAGUAAGCAUUUCGAUACCCACGGACGUAUCAAGGAGGUCCAGUACGAGAUCUUCCGUUCCCUCAUGUACUGGAUGACGGUGCAGUACGACAGCAUGGGACGGGUGGUAAAGAGGGAGCUGAAAAUCGGGCCCUAUGCCAACACCACUCAGUAUCGCUAUGACUAUGAUGGAGACGGACAGCUGACUGGGGUCAAGGUGAACGACUGGUCGACAUGGCGUUACAGCUAUGACCUGAAUGGCAACCUUCAUCUGCUGAACCCUGGCAACAGCGCCCGAAUCAUGCCGCUGCGCUAUGACCUCCGUGAUCGCAUCACGCGGCUUGGAGAUGUCCAGUACCGUUUGGACGAGGACGGUUACCUCAGCCAGCGCGGUUCUGACAUUUUCGACUACAAUUCCAAGGGUCAGCUGCUGAGGGCCUACAAUCGGGGCCCUGGUGGCUGGAGUGUUGUUUAUCACUAUGAUGGGUUAGGCCGCAGGGUCUCGACACGGAACAGCCUUGGACAGCACCUUCAAUUUUUCUAUGCUGACCUCAACCACCCAACAAGGGUGACACACAUUUUUAACCAUUCAAGCUCAGAAAUCUCCUCACUCUACUAUGACCUUCAGGGCCAUGUGUUUGCCAUGGAGGUAAGCAGCGGAGAGGAAUACUACAUAGCAUCUGACAACACCGGCACACCAUUGGCUGUGUUUAGCAGCAAUGGACAGAUGAUCAAACAGGUGCAAUACACAGCAUAUGGGGAGGUUUACCUGGACUCCAACCCGGAGUUCCAGCUGGUGGUCGGAUUUCAUGGCGGUCUGUAUGACGCCCUGACCAAGUUGGUCCACUUCACCCAGCGUGACUACGAUGUCUUGGCUGGACGCUGGACUUCACCUGACUAUAGCAUCUGGCCCAAGAUUGGAAAAGAUCCCUCUCCUUUUAAUCUGUACAUGUUCAAGAACAACAAUCCCCUCAGUGACAUGUUAGAUGUAAAAAAUUAUGUCACAGAUGUGAAGAGUUGGCUGGUGAUGUUUGGCUUCCAGCUCAGUAACAUAAUCCCAGGAUUCCCUAGGCACUCGCUCUAUUUUGUCGAACCACCGUACGAGCUGCAGGCUACCCAGCACUGUGAGAAUGGACAGCUCAUCACUGGUGUGCAGCAGGCGGCGGAGCGUCACAACCAGGCCUUCAUGGCUCUCGAGGGUCGUCUUCUCAACAAGGAACGGCGCAGACGAAAGGAAAAGCCCGGACACUGGUUCGGCACCAGCACCCCCAUCAUUGGUCGUGGAGUGAUGUUGGCCCUCAAGGAGGGCAGAGUGGUGGCUGGCGUGUCAUCUUUGGCCAGCGAUGACAGCCGCAAAGUGGCUCUGGUGCUGAACGGCGCCCAGUACCUGGAAGGCACCCACUACACACAGGAUGGGAAGGACUGCCACUACUUUGUGAAAAUUGGCUCAGCCGACAGCGACCUGUUGGCCUUGGGGCUUACGAACGGCCGCAAGUCACUGGAGAGCGGCAUCAACGUGACAGUCAGCGGCCGCUCCAGGAGAGGGGUGACGGUGGAAUUCGCGGUGCCAUCGUUUGUUCUGAGCAUUCGCUACGGGCUCUCUGCCGACGUGGUGGACGAGGAGAAGGUAAGACUGUUGGAGUUGGCUCGCCAGAGGGCCUUGGCGGGAGCCUGGUCCAAGGAACAGCAGAGGGCCAGAGAGGGAAAAGGAGGCAGCCGCCUCUGGACUGAGGGAGAACGACAACAGCUCCUAACCAUGGGCAGGGUACAAGGCUAUGACGGCUACUACGUACUGCCUGUGGAGCAAUAUCCAGAACUGGCUGACAGCAGCAACAACAUCCAGUUUCUUCGACAGAAUGAGAUGGGCAGGAGGUAACAGCCCACCAUGAAUCUGUCCAACUCCUCCUAAGCCCUUUUUCCCUUCCCAGCCUCCUCAACCCUUUUUCUCUGGAGAUUUCAUCAACAAACGGGGUUACUCAUGGAACGCUGCAGGGACUUUUGAAAAGAGUGACAGAACAUUAUUAUUCAUUUUUCUGCCGCAGGCAAAAAAAAAAAACAAACAAAAAACAAAAACAACAAAAAAAAUUCUAGAGUUACAUUUCGGUUAAGGGAAAAAAAAAACACUGAAUAAGUGAGAAGGCACUACUGAAUAAAUAAGAAGAUUCCCCUUUUUAAAAAAGAUGAUUGCUAUUUUCACCCAUAUUCUUUGGGUCACACUGAGAGCGCCCUUGAGCAUUCAAUGGAGCUCCGCCGGCUCCUGGGUCUCUAUUGGACGCUGAAAGGAAAAAGGACGAGAGUGCACGGCAACACUCCAUUGUGUUGCCGUGGCAACAACACAUCAAAGAAGGACACCAGAGACAGACAAGGCAAUGUUAGAAGUUUGUCCAGCGUCGUCACCUUGUCUCAGGCCUCCCAUUUUCCAUAACUGACUGAGCGGUCUGCUGAUGCACUUCACCACCAAGCAAAGCAACACACAAGCCGAAGCUCUCCGCGAACUGCUACGAACGGACCGGAAAAGUGCACCGUUACAAAGCAAAAGGGAAGAAAGACGGCGAUACGUGUGGGCGUUGGCACUACACGACAUUGUUGAUUUUAAACCGGGAGAAGAAACAUGUUACUACGUAUGUGUCCAAUUACACUAAAUUUCAGGAUGUUGCGUAUUGAUGCCGUAGAUGCUGUAGUUUUGUAUGUUUCAGUCGCAGUAGGAUUGUGAGACCUUCACCGAGGCACUUCUGUACAGAACCCACCGCUCACAGAGUCCAGAAAACAUGCUAAGUUCAUAUUUAUUUUAAUUUACUCAUUUUCUAUUUAUUUAUUCUUAGUAAUAUAUGACAAUCAUGAAUGAGUCAGUCAGUUUAAUUCAAAAUGAAUUGUAACGUAUGAGUUCAUUUUCUUUUGCAAAUGAUGUAUUAAAUGUUCAUUUUGUUGUGUUUUUGUAUUAUUUUAGAUUGCUACCAGGGCAAAUAAUAGUCACUCUUAAAAAAAAUAAUAAUUUAUGUAAUAAAGUGUUUAAAAAUGGUUUAUACUCAAAAUAAAAGUCUUUAAAACUGUGAAAAUGAUUUUUCAAGAUAUAUUUCAAUGUACAGUGUAUAGAUCUACCUUUAUGCAGCACAGUAGAAUAUUGUUCAGAAUAUCGAGUUUUAUAUUUCUAAGAAGUGGCUUGUAACGUGCAAAAUCUUUGGCUGGUAUUACUCCUCUAGAGUUUUGUGGCACUCUAAUAUUGCAUAUCUACAGCAUCAGUCUGCAGUUUUGAUGUUUGUUUGUUUGGUUUUUUUUCUUAUUUCUUCCUUUGUUUUCGGAAACAGAUGGAUUUCCGACCUAGAUCCCAACAGCAGUAGCAGUAAUGGAUCCUACUCACUGUGAAGAGACUCGUGAUGGAUGUCAAACUGUACCAAAUCAGUAUUAUCAAAGGAUAACACGUACGCUCACUAAAACGAGACUCUUCUGGGAAAUUUAUGAAUAAAACAUGAUUGUUUAUUUCAACCCAA